AUGGAGAUAGCUGUAGGAUGGAAUCCAGCGGUGGGCUAUCGUGUGACGCAAUGGUUCCGCGGCGCCCGGGGGCAGCAGAUUCUCAGAGUUGCGAGGGCGCUGUUUCAUCAGUUUGGGCUGGAGCUGGAUGAGCCGGCGGGUGCGUGGUUUUUUGAAAUCCUUCCAGACGGGAGUGUUUCAUCCACUGUUUCGGAGGUGAAAUGGAAGAUCUGGAGUGCGAUCGCUGUGUGUUUGUUGGAUUGCCCCGUGCCAGACGCUGCCGUGCACCUGUUGAUUGCCUCCGACUAUUUCACGCGCAGGGAAGGACGACAAAGGGAGAUUGCUCAUCACAGGUAUGAUCGUUUGUGUGCACUGCGUCUUCAUUGCUGCAAGCCCCAGUGCCACUACAUCGUCGCCAAGCUCGACAAGAAAAUGGCCGAGGGAUGGGUGGACAAGAGUGACGAAGAACUGAUAGCAAAUCUAAAGAAGGUGGUGGAAGGAAUUCCCUCUCCCCAGCACGCACAAUCGCGUCUCUCGGAUGCUAUGCGACUGUUCGAUGUGACUGCGUCACUGGCCGACCUCGUCCUUGCAUGGUUUUUGAUCAGGCUUGGGAACGACGAGGAGAAAUCUCUGGAUUGGCUCGUCUAUUCCGAAAAGAAGGCUAUGGUGGAUCGUCACGCUGGCGGCAGGGGCCAAUUCGAGAAUCUCCUCUUCUUCUUCUUCCAGAAUGUCAAGAUUUUUGAUCCACCAUCCCCGGAAAGAAUUGAAAAACUCUGUGCCUGGUUCUACGUUCUACCGAAGGUCGAGUUCAGAGGCAUCGAUAUCACGAGUGCUGUCCGCCAGAUACUUGUGCAUUUCAUAGGUGCGCGAGUUUUACGUUUAUCAUUUGGUGACCAUGAAUGCCUCAAGCAUUUCAUUGAAGACCACUCCCAAAUCUUCCACAACUUUCGACUGUAUCUGCGAUCAAACAUCUACAAUUGUCACAAGGUGAGCGCGCUGAUUGGUCGCCUGCUGUUCACUUGGACGAGAACGAGCAAAGGGCAGCGUGAUCAUGACGAGCUCAAGGAGCUGUGCAAAUUCACCGGCAACAGUUUCGUGGAGCACGUCAAGUCCACACUCGGCUCAAACAACUCUUGUGAAGACGAGCGCCAGCUUUUGUUUCAUGCCGCGGCCAGAGUGUUCGGGGAAGAUUUCAGUGGCCAGUUUGUGACCCUGUGCGCGAACUCGCAGUGGGAGGACAAUGCCAAGCUCUUGCAGACAAGCGAGCUUGGAGAAAUCAUGGAGUUGGCGAAGCAGGGACAGUUCCAAGUUGCUAAUCCUCUCCCCAAGAAGGUUGUGACCAGCAGUUGGCUCGGUGAAAUAAUCCUCUACUUGGCCAAUCUGGUUCUCGAGGAUAGCAUGCCAUACACCUUUGAUCGUACAACAUGGAUACAGGAUUGCAAAGGAUUACUUAUCGAUCCCGUUAUAAACCGCCAACACAUGACGCUGUUAUUAACCUCUAGUCGCCGUAAGGAAGGGGUUUACUUGGCUGAGACUGUGACAAAGAAGAUCUGCCAAGAGCUUGGAGCGUGGAUUCACUCCCCAAAGACAGUGAAAAAGCUAGAAGCUAGCUUGGAAGACAUAGAUAAUGCCCUGAGGGAUGUUAUGUUGCGCGCUGCUGGGGGUGAAUUUAGUGACAAGCACGAAACUUUGCUAGCUAAGAUGGCCAAGUUACUUGGAUUUGGAAACAUGGACAGUAUGUAUGGACUCGCCAGAGCUUACGUUCUACACGGCAUGCCUGGAAAAGGUGGCGGUGAGGGCCAUCCCAACUCUACAAAAUCUAGUAGCAUGAUGAUGAAGCCACCACGAACAAUGACGAUCCCCAUUGAUGAAUCUUCACCAUCGUCGUCUCGGCUUCGCACCUCAGCUAGCUUGCCAGUGAUCCCAGAGGCAGCAGUUCGGGACGAGGAGAACGUUCCAAAAGAGGAGGAGAGGACAUGA